CUUGACCAUAUUCUGAGUGGAUAAUGUCAAGCCAAAAUGUUGCUACCAGCUCAAAUGAUGUAACGAAAACUUCAGUCGAGUUCAUUAGCAGACUUUGUGUGUUGGAGGGGUCUCCUUACCAAAAUUAUGUGCACGCCAUAUGAAAACAGAGAAGGCUGGAUCGUGUGUGUAACUAAGUUCAAGAACACAUACUACAUGUGUGAGUUUGAAACAGAUAAGCGAGUGAAAGACCGAGAGCGUGAGACAGAGAGACAAAAGGAGAUGUCCUUUUGGGGGUUUAAAUUUGAACAAUACUUAACCGCAGGUGAUCGACAUAUGAAACCUGACACCUCAAAGCCAGUGAAUAACAAUGAGGCGUAUUGUACGGUUGUGCGCACCAGCCUGGCGUCGCACUCGUUACUGUUUGCUGGUGAGGUGGACUGCCUUGAUGCCAAAUCCAGCGCACCAAAACCGGGCUGUUACGUGGAACUGAAAACAUCGAGAAUGAUUGAGCACCAGGGACAUGAUAGAAGUUUUAAAAAGUUCAAGUUGAUCAAGUGGUGGUUGCAGUCAUUUCUCGUCGGCAUUCCGCGAAUCAUCUGCGGAUUCCGGACAGACGAAGGCGUCGUCACAUCGUUGCAGGAAUACGGUGUUGCUGACAUACCGAAAAUUAUACGCAGCUUGGGAUAUUUGGCAUGGCAUCCAACGGCAUGUGUGAACUUUUGUGAUCAUUUCUUGACGUUUGUGAAGACGGUUGUUGUUGAAGAUGAUUCAAGUGUUAUCUACAAGUUUGAGUGGAGUGCGCAACAAUUUGCACUAAGGUGGGAGAAACUGCACCAGCCCUCUUCAUUUGGGUUUCUCCCCGAUUGGUACAUCGGUCUGCAGCAUUAAGAAUACAAUCAGGGUUGGGAGCUGAGGUCGCAUGAUCGUAUGAUUGCCAGUCAUUGCAUCUACCACCCAAGGAGGCCUAUAGGAAUCGAUAUAUCGGCACGCAGCGUAAUUGCCGGCAUAAAGAGACACUGUGAAUUCAAGAAUGAUGCUUGGGUAAUUCUCAUACAACAUUCGUGUCUGCCACGAAUUAAUUAGCAUUGUUUAUUGCGUGAAAAGUGGCUUUUGUGGCUACACUGAACACUCUGUGGCCCAGUAUUUGUCCAUCUGCCUGUCUGUUGCACCCAUUCAAGCAUCAGCUAGACGAAUUUUGCAUGAGUUACAGCCUUGAAAUGAACUUGUCCCAGAUGUAUUGUUUUAUUAGAACAAGUCUUAAUAUAAAAACGGUCCAUGAUGUCGAUCUCUUCGCCAAUAGUGUCUAUCCGCAGCAAAGUGGAACAAUUAAAGCGAUGAUUUUUGUUGGGUGAACCAACUUGGAUUCGCCUAAUCUCCGAAACUGACUGUCGCCUUUGCACAAAUUCUAUUCCAAAUGAAGCGUAAAUGCCUAUUCUUGAGAUAUGAUAAAAAUUGCCUCCAGCCAUCAUUGUUGGAGCACGUAAAUAGAACGUCUACCAAUAGCACUAUGAUGUGAUAGCGCUGCCUGGUGUACAAUUCCCACAGCCGCUUCAAUCGCUAUAAAAAAAAUAACCGAUUGCUUCCGAGUGCUAAUUUUUUGCAUAGCAGACAACAAGACAUGUCGCGUUCGUUUAGCAUCAAAUUUGACAAAAAAAUCCCUUUUAUUUUCAGAAAAUUAUUCAAUCCAAUGCAAAAUCAAUGGGCCUAGUAUUCCUUUAAAUAGUGAAGUCAUGAGCACGCGCUAUCCCAAAUAAUACUGCCUGCCACCCCAGCAUGCGAAUCAGAAAGGCUGUUGCAGCUGUUUUGAUCCACUGUUGCUACGAGCGUUUGUGUACAUAGAGAUGAUAACAUAUUAAUUAGUGGGCGGUGAACAGGAGAUUGAACCAAUUAAGUUAUUUUUUCUAUUUAUUUAUAACAGCAGGACUUUUUAAAAGUGUUUUGAUGUUAUACGGUCACAGAUAAGUCGCAGUAAGUACUAACAGUAGCAAUUCUACUUGGGCUUGGUCAAUUCUUAACACAGCCGUUCAAUCAUUUCGAAAUAUAGAAAAGUGCUAAUAUCUCCAUUGUUAGAAAUGCUAAAGUUGCUGAUAUUUCAAAAGCUAUUCCUCAAAACUGACAACUCCGAUUCCAAAAAUGGUUAUUCCGUUUUAAUGCUAACAUAUGAAAGGAAAAAGCAGUCCCUGGAAUUUU